GUGACUCUGCUGAUAGGUCUCACCUCUCCAACUUCACAUAUAGGUAUUUGGGUACUUAUUUCCUUUUCAAGACUGCAAACUCUUUGAAGGAAAGAACUAUGUCAUGUUCAGACCUGUAUAUCCUAAAUACUUAGUGUAGUUCUUGGUACAUAAUUGGUAAUAAGUACUUAACCAAAUGGAUAACUGCUUCUUUUCACUUAUUGCAGGUAACUGAGAAGACCCCCACUCCAUUUAGGAAGGGCAGCCAGAGAGAUUUGUCCCGGACAGUAGAACAAAAGGAAGAAUCUUGAUGGAUUUUAACCCACAGUUUAUCAAGCGUUUGAGAAUCUUGGGAAAGUAAUUUGUUCUCCUGCACUGCAUAUAUAGGUUAAGGUUGUUUCUGAUGCAGCUGAGAAAAAUGCAGACCAUCAAGAAGGAGCAGGCAUCUCUUGAGACUGGUAGCAGUGUGGACAAGAUGAUGGUGCUUAAUUCUGCUUUAAGUGAAGUCUCCGAAGACUUGACAACGGGAGAAGAGUUACUUCUAAAUGAAGGCAGCAUGGGGAAAAACAAGUCUGCAUCGUGUCGGAGGAAACGGGAAUUCAUUCCCGACGAAAAGAAAGAUGCCAUGUAUUGGGAAAAACGGCGAAAAAAUAACGAAGCUGCCAAGAGGUCUCGUGAGAAGCGUCGGCUGAAUGACCUGGUUUUAGAGAACAAACUAAUUGCGCUGGGAGAAGAAAACGCCACUUUAAAAGCUGAACUGCUUUCCCUAAAAUUGAAGUUUGGUUUAAUUAGCUCUACAGCAUAUGCCCAAGAGAUUCAGAAACUCAGUAAUUCCACAGCUGUGUACUUCCAAGACUACCAGACUUCCAAAGCCGCCAGCAUGAGCUCCUUUGUGGACGAGCAUGAGCCCUCGAUGGUGGCCAGCAGCUGCAUCUCAGUCAUUAAGCACUCUCCGCAGAGCUCCCUGUCUGAUGUCUCGGAAGUGUCCUCGCUGGAACAUUCGCAGGAGGGCCCUGCGCAGAGUGGCUGCAGAAGUCCUGACAGCAAGUUCCAGGUCAUCAAGCAAGAGCCGAUGGAACUGGAGAACUACGCGAGGGAGCCGAGAGAUGACCGAGGCGCCUACCGAGCGUCCGUGUAUCAGAACUACAUGGGGAAUCCUUUCCCUGGCUAUUCACACUCUCCCCCUCUCCUGCAGGUCAACCGGUCCUCCAGUAACUCUCCGAGAACGUCGGAAACCGAUGACGGGGUGGUAGGAAAGUCAUCCGAUGGGGAGGACGAGCAGCAGGUUCCCAAGGGCCCGAUCCACUCUCCUGUGGAACUUCAACGCGUGCACGCCACCGUGGUUAAAGUUCCAGAGGUGAACUCCUCUGCCUUGCCACACAAGCUUCGGAUUAAAGCCAGAGCCAUGCAGAUAAAAGUGGAAGCAUUGGACAGCGAGUUCGAUGCCACGCAAAAACUUUCCUCGCCGAUUGACAUGACAUCGAAGAGACAUUUCGAACUCGAGAAGCACAGUGCCCCAAAUAUGGUACAUUCUUCCCUUACCCCUUUUUCAGUGCAAGUGACUAACAUUCAAGAUUGGUCUCUCAAAUCGGAACACUGGCAUCAAAAAGAACUUAAUGGCAAAACUCAGAAUAGUUUCAAAACUGGAGUGGUUGACAUGAAAGACAAUGGCUACAAAGUUUCUGACCCAGAGAAUUUGUUUUUGAAGCAGGGGAUAGCAAACUUAUCUGCAGAGGUGGUUUCACUGAAGAGACUCAUAGCCACGCACCAAAUCUCUGCCUCGGACUCUGGGUGACGUACUACUGACCAGCUCUGGGCAUCGAGGAAGAUGUCAUUUGCAAUAGAUGAGUACGUUUUGUAUUAGGCUGAAUUUUCACUGGACCUGUGAUGUCAUUUCACUGUAAUGUUCACAUGUCGUCUGUUGAGUGUCUUUUUGUGCACCAAUUAUGAUGAAGAUUACAUAGUGUUAUCACUCUGCCUUGUGUAUAGUCCAAUAGUCCAUGCAAAAGCUGUAUAUAUUGAACAUUAUUUUUGUUGUUCUAUUAUAAAGUGUGUAAGUUACCAGUUUCAAUAAAGGAUUGGUGACAAACACAGAA